AUGUCUUCAUCCAACUCAACAGAGAAAACAAAAGAACAAAAGUUCCAUGAGUAUAUUUUGAAUUUGCCUCAAGACAAAGUCGAUGCCAUCAAAGGUAAACCGUUGGAAGUGUUGAAAGUAAUUGAUGACUAUAAUGGUCAUUUCAUGGACAUUGGUCGUCAAAAAGGAGAUUUGAUCACUGCUGAGAUCAGAGAAAAGAAACCCAACGUCAUGAUUGAAUUGGGCGGAUACUUGGGAUACUCAGCUGUCUUGUUUGCCAAUGAGUUGAUUGCUGAUCCCGAGGCCAAAUACUACAGUUUUGAAGUGAAUCCAGAGUUUGCUAAAAUUGCCACCGAUGUUAUCCGCUUAGCUGGAUUAUCGAAAAAGAUUGAAAUCAUUGUUGGAAAAGCCUCUUACACGUUGGUUGAUUUCAAAGAGAGACUCAACAAGAAUGGUCUGUUCAAAGCUUUGGAUUUCGUGUUCAUUGAUCAUUGGAAGGACUUGUACGUUCCCGACUUGAGAGAGUUGGAGUCUCUCAACUUUAUUGCGCCAGGUACCGUGAUUACGGCUGACAACAUUUUGACUCCAGGUGCCCCCGAGUAUGCAAAAUACGUUAGAUUAUCUCCUGAAGAAAAGAAGGCAUACAAUGAAAAGAAUCCAAAUCCAAAUGGCGAUGAAUUUUUGGGUAGAUGGAAUAUUUUGUACGACACUGAUACAGUCAAGGUCGAGUAUCCCAAUGGUCACGUAGAUGCCGUUGAGGUUACCAAGUGUACUGACUAUCUCUCUGGUUAA